AAACGAAUUGGAACGGUUCGGAAACUACGAGUCAAAUUCCAUCCACUUAGUCAUUCAGUGGCAGUCUGUGCGCGAAUAGCGCGAGUGUGCUACUCUCAUUGAGCUUCGUUAUCGUCCUACCGCUUUCACUGGACGCCGCGUUGCUCACCUGCCGCAUUGAACUAGUCGAUGGAAUGAUCAAGAAAGUUUGCCGAAAGCUCGAGUGCCCCGUUGAUUGUUCGAAUGGUGUAUGCGACAUGUAUUUAAAACGUUGUAUUUGCCAUAAAGGUUAUGAAUGGAUGAACGGUAAAUGCAUGCCUGUUUGUGCAGUGCCUGCCUGUGAGGAAAAUGAGCAUUGCACUGAGCCAAAUAAAUGCAGCUGCAAAGAAGGAUACUUUCGUAAUGGUGGUCAAUGCCAGCCAGUUUGCGAUACAGGGUGUGGUGAGAGUAAAUAUUGUGCUGCGCCGAAUAGCUGUAUCUGCAAGGAUGGAUACACUGCUGCAGCGGAUGGUAGUUGCGAGCCUAUUUGCUCCACGAGCUGUGGUAAGCAUGGACGCUGCAAGUCGCCAGACGUAUGUGAAUGCGAUGAAAAUUACAGUGUAGAGGCUGGAGGUGAAUGUGCACCGAUAUGUAAUAAGGAGCUAUGCGCCCAUGCCGACUGCAUCGAACCCUAUAAGUGCAUAUGUCAUGAAGGCUAUUCACUUAACUUUGAGAAUGGCAAAUGUGAGCCGCUGCAGGGCAAUCCAAGUAUAUGGAUCGAUGUGCGUUUUGGAACGGACGAAUGAUGGCUAUUGAAAUUGAAUUUAAGCAUAUAAGUAUAUUACAAUAUGUUCAUAAACGUUUUUUGUUUUAUUGUAAAAGAGCAAAAUAUAUAAUAAAUAUUUUCAACUACGAAGAAAA